AUGCCUCUUAGGGGAAAACAACCAGAUGAGGGUGUUUUAUUGGAUUUAUUGAAGUUGAGAAUCAAUUCAGGGGACGACAAAUUAAAGAGUCACCUGGAAAAGUGCGGUCGCAAUGCAGUUUACACAUCGCCAAGAAUACAAAACGAAUUGAUAAAUUUAUGUGGCGAAGUUAUUAAGGAGAAUAUAAUAGGUGAGGUUCAGAAGACCAUGGCUUACGCAGUCUUAGCUGAUGAAACAGCAGACGUAGCUGGGAAAGAACAGCUGUCAAUAGGCGUGCGGUUCUACGACGAAAGCAAAAGGAAAAUCAGAGAAGAAUUUGUAGGGUUCGUUGAACUAAAAGCACAAAAUGCUUCAGCAAUUGCCGAAGCAAUUGACAAUUUCUUGAUUAGUUCUAACCUCCCAACUGAAUAUUGCGAAGGGUUUGGAUUCGAUGGCUGUUCUACAAUGGCAGGGAAAGAGGGUGGCGUACACGCCAUUUUGAGAAAAAAAUAUCCUCGUGCUUUAUAUUUUCAUUGCUCAAGUCACAAACUCAACCUUGUUGUGAAUGAUGCGAACGUAGUGCCAGAAAUUAGAAAUACUGUCGCCACUGUAGAGGAUGUUAUAACGUUUUUCAGAGAAUCGACUACACGUCGAAAGUACGCUCCAAACCUAUCACGAUUGUGUGAGACGAGAUGGUCCGAAAAAUAUAAAUCAAUCAGAAAGUUUUCUCAACAUUUCCCAGAGCUUGUGAAAUCUCUAGAAACGUUAUCCGUAGAUGGAAAUUAUGCCACCAGAAAAUCUGCAUAUCAGUUGCAUUCAGCCGUUACAAAACCAGUGUUUAUUGUUGCUCUACAAACAAUAGCCAAAUAUUCAGCAGUUUUAGAACCAGUAGUUAACGCACUGCAAGCCAAAUCGAUCGACAUGAUCUCGCUGGGGGAACACAUCAAAAAUAUCAAGGACAUUCUCAGAAAUGACCGCGAGUUUCCUAAUAAAAUGAGUGAUGAAAUGCUUCAAAGAGCCCGAGCUGUUGCAAUGGAUUUGAACAUAGAAAUUUCGAUUCCACGUCUUGCUCACAAGCAAACACAUAGAAGUAAUCCGCCAUCAGACAAUGAUAACGAAUAUUGGCGGCGUUCCCUGAUAAUACCAUACAUUGAUUCACUCAUUUCAUCGUUGAAUAUUCGAUUCUCCCAAGAAAAUACUCCGGCGUUUGCUUUAAGUAAGCUACAUCCCUUGUAUAUGACCGAAACCAGCAUUACAGACUUACACAAGAACGCAGAAUCAUUCCAAGAAUUUUAUAACCUGGAUAUCACCGGAGAAAUGAACCUUUGGCAUAAUUUAUGGGUGAAGAAGGCUUUAACAGAUGAUCAAUUAAGGGACAUAGAAGUAGUUGAUCUGUUCAACGAAGCCAACAUUUUUUACCCUGCUGUCAGAAAGGCAUUGAUUAUUUUAAGCACUAUCCCAUGCACCACGGCGACCGUAGAACGGUCCUUCAGUACGCUGCGAAGGGUUAAAACGUGGCUUCGAAGCACCAUGGGUGAAGAAAGGCUUACAGGUUUAUGUCUGAUGAGCGUACAUCGCAAUUAUUUAAAAGAAAACAGUGAGUUUAUUGAAAAGACCAUCAUAGACAAGUUUUCGGCAAAUCCGAGAAGAUUACUGUUAAAUUAA